AUGACUGGACCUCCGAACAAACGGCGAAAAAGAGAAGACUACAAAAAGAAUCAGGAGAGUCUCAAGACUGCAGGAAAUGGACUUCAAAGUGGCAACAUCAAACUGCCCCAAAAGAAGUUCUACCGACAACGGGCUCAUGCGAAUCCUUUUUCCGAUCAUGCUCUGACAUAUCCUACCAGCCCAGCCAACAUGGACUGGACCCCUCACUAUCCUGCAUUUGUGCAAUGCAAGGCUGAGGAUGGAAAGCGAGGAACUUUGACCCAAGAUGUUGAGGUUGCAGAUAUCGGCUGUGGUUUUGGUGGCCUUCUUGUUGCCUUGUCACCCAUGUAUCCCGAGACCUUGAUGCUCGGUAUGGAGUUACGACUUCAAGUUCUGGAUUAUGUUACCAAUCGAGUCGCCGCUCUCCGCGCUCAGAACGAAUCCAAAUCGUCUUCCGUGGACGGCAAGCCAACACUCUAUCAAAACAUCUCGGCCAUACGGACGAAUACCAUGAAGUUUCUUCCCAAUUAUUUCCGUCGUGCCCAGCUGUCAAAGAUAUUUUUGUGCUUCCCUGAUCCCCAUUUCAAGCAGAGGAAACACAAAGCACGUAUCGUGUCUGCUCAGCUCAACGCCGAAUAUGCUUUCGUCACAAAGCCAAAGGGGAUGGUCUAUACCAUUACAGAUGUCGAGGAGCUGCAUCAGUGGAUGGUCAAACACUUUGAAGGGGAGGAAGCAGGCGACGUCAAAGAGUUAUGGGAGAGAGCAACCGAAGAGGAGCUUGAAGCGGAUCCGUGUGUGAAGAUCAUGAGUGAGGAAACAGAGGAAUCCAAGAAAGUUACAAGAAAUGGAGGAAAGAAGUUCAUUGCUGUCUUUCGGAGAAGGGAGGACCCUGAGUGGCCUGACUGA